AUGAGAGGUGAGUGGAAUGGUUUGCAAGCAUUAUUUCUUUCUGAUUGUCCAUAUGCUUAUUAUGUCCAUUGUUUUGCUCAUCGUUUACAAUUAGCAUUGGUUGCCGCAUCUAGAGAUGUUAGAGUAAUACAUCAGUUUUUUUCAAAUUUGACUUUCAUUAUCAAUGUCAUUGUUUCAUCUCCUAAACGUGUUGACCAAUUGCAAUCCAUCAAAUCUGAUGAAAUAAAAAGGCUAUUAUCUAUUGGUGAAAUAGACAGUGGUAGAGGAGCUAAUCAGACUAGUACUUUAAAAAAAGCUGGAGAUACACGUUGGGGUUCACAUCUUUACUCUAUUCGUAGCUUGAUGAAAAUGUUUGAUGCAACAGUGUUAGUACUUGAACACAUCUCGAAUGAUAAGUCUUGUAAUUCUUCUCAACGUGGGGAUGCUGAUGCUGCUUUAGAUCUAAUGAUUUCCUUUGAUUUUGUGUUCAUUGCCCGUUUAAUGGAAGAAAUUUUGGGAAUUGCUAAUGUUCUAUGUCAAGCGUUACAACAAAAGUCCCAAAAUAUUGUCAGUGCUGUGAAAUUAGUGUCUACAAAUCAUGCACUAAUUCAGGAAAUAAGAGAAAAUGGAUGGGAAAGUUUUUUAGAGUCGGUGGUAUUAUUUUGUCACCAACAUGAUAUUUUAAUACCUGAUAUGAAUUCUCCUUAUAUAGCUCGUAGGGGUCCAGCUCGUCAUCAACAAGAUCGAGUUACAAUGAAUCAUUUUUAUCGAGUUGAAAUAUUUUUAGGUGCAAUUGACAAACAAUUACAAGAGCUAAAUUGCAGAUUUAAUGAUGACGCUUUAGAGCUCUUAACUUUAUCAUCAUUGUUAGAGCCCAAAGACGGAUUUAAAAAUUUUGAUCUUGAGAAGGUUUGCUUGAUUGCAGAAAAGUUUUACCCCAUGGAUUUUACGGAGCAAGAAAGUUACAAUUUGAGGUAUCAAUUGCAACACUUUUUUUGUGAAGCAAAAACUGAUCCUAGUUUGACUCAUCAUUCUACCUUGGAGGAAUUUUGCGAACACUUGGCACAAACAGGAAAAUCAAAUGUAUACUUUUUAUUUGAUAGACUAAUACGUCUAGUUUUGACCCUUCCUGUCUCCACAGCUACCACUGAAAGAGCAUUUUCAGCAAUGAAGAUCAUGAAAACAAGACUACGUAACAAGAUGGAGGAUGAGUUUUUGGCAGAUAGUUUAGUUAUUUCCAUUGAAAGGAAGAUUUCUAAGUCAUUUAGUACUAAGUCAAUAAUUGAUGAUUUCAAAUUAUUAAAAGAAAGACGAGCCUUACUUUAA